AGUUUUGAAGGUUUUUGUUUUGACAAUUGUAAAAUGCAAAGAGCACCGCCACACCGCGGCUCGCUCAAUGGCUGCGUACGCGCGUACUCCGGUCAAGACGACUUCCAAGUCGGCCGAUGCAAUGGCGGGACCGCCCGAAGAUGUCGACGCCGUCGACUUGAAGAUGACAUUGCUCGAGUUUCGCCUGAGCGCUGGUCUGUCGAAGGGCGAAGCGAGUCGGAAGCUGGCCAGCGCGUGCCGGCGAGCGGCAGCGAUCGGACUUGCGGCAAACACGCUUUCGGAGCCGCCGCGCCUGAGUCUGGGCUGUCCCGUGUUGGACGAAUACCUCGACGGCGGCCCAAGCACUCGCGGCCUGAUCGAGCUGUGCGGCGAAAGUGGCAGCGGCAAGACGCAGCUGUGCCUCCAGGCGUCCCUCGCGGCCACCGCCGUCGGCGACGACGCGCACGUUCUCUACGUAUGCACCGAGGAGCGCUUUCCCGAGAAGCGCCUGCGCCAGAUGGACCCGAGCGCAGUACGCGGAGAGCGCGUGCUCGUUGCCCAGCUGGGGGAGUGGCCCAUGCUUAUUCAGUGCUUGGAAGGCUCGCUGCCGGGGUUACGUCGCACGAGGCGCGUCACGCUUCUGGUGAUCGACUCGGUCGCCGCGCUCCUGCGCGCGGACCCGGAGCGCGCCCAGGGCCUGCGGCGUCUGGGCGCACUUCUGGACGGCCUCUGGCGAUCGGGUGUCGCGGUCCUGUGCGUCAACCAGGUGACGGACGUGCCCGGAGGUCGCACGGCGCCCAGCCUGGGGCCCGGCUGGGCGAACCUGGUCACCACUCGCCUCGUGACCAGUCGGUCGCCGUCUGGAGUCCGAGCCCUGCGUGUCGCCUUCGCGCCUUCGAUGUCGCCGCGAGAGCCGUGUCGAUUUGCCAUCACUGCGGAUGGCGUGCGGGGAGUGCGGUAGAAGACGCGACGAUUCGUUUGUACCGGUGUCGACCGCUCCCGUGAGGCCAGUUCGACGGCCCGUGAGAUGGGAAAGUGCAGUGUGUGUGAGUGACCGCGCACGGUACGCCUAACCGUGUCUGAUGUGGUGCGUGAAGUGGGGUCGAAACCAUAAGCAUAAAAUCUAAGUGAAAAAUAUCGAAUGGACUACUAGUACAGUGCGAAACUAACUGUGAUAAAGCUGUGAAGUGUGGUUUCCACUCUGCUCUGCAUCCUAAUGUUUUUGUAGGUAAGCGCACCUCUGCAUAUCCUUCGUGAAGUAGUGUACAAUGCAGUAAUGGAGAGGCACGAGGAUGAUUGUCGUGCGACAUUAUUACACGGACACCACAUCCUUGCGGAAGGUGGGAGCAAUUCGUGCAUGGCCAAAGUGCAGCGUAUUGUCUCUGAGGGCACCAUGAAGAAACAAUACACAGUAGAGCUAAAAGUAUUAAGGCGUCAAUAUUAUUACCAAUUUAUUUACCAAUAUAUUUUCUAAAAUGUUUUAGUGAACGAAAAAUUGAGGUAAAUGCAGGACGCGAUUUGCGACUCGCCAGGUACAUUCGAGUACUAGCCCGAUGACGAAGGCACGCCUCAUUUUAUUUCUGUCGCUAUAGUACUCCAGUUCUCGUUAUAAAUAGUUAAUUGCAUUCCAUUACUUCAGUUCUGUUCGAUGUUUAGAAAAAAAUAAUCCAUUGUCGUUACCCUUGACAACGACGCGGGCAGUCGAAAGGUUUCGUUUUCGCUCGACUCUGCAUCGCCCGCGCCUUCGCGUUUCAGUAGUUUCGUUAUCGCUAAGUGUUGCGCUGGUUUUGCUGGCUCGCGAAACUCCUACAGAGUGCAAGUAGCAGAGAUUUCUACGUCUGUUUGAUGUCGUGGGAUGCCCGAACGGUCCACGCCACUUGAGCAAAAGCAGCCGAGUUUCUUCGUGGCCGUACGUUUGCGUUUUAAUACAGCAACGCCAUAGAAAAAAGAAAAAAGAAAGAAACCGCAGCGCCGUCUGUCGGUCGCCAUUCUACUCGCCACAGUCCCGCUCGGGGGCGGGCGAUUUGAAAUGCCCGCCCCCCCCUCAGGGUAUGCGCACUCCUCAGACGCAAUUUUCUCUUUUCUUGGCUCGGAACAAUCGCUGCGUGGUUUUUGGAAUGGUAUUUUAACAGUCCACGUAAACACUAAUGAUUGCUUUUCAAGGGAUACUUAUUCCUUGCAAAAGAUUAAAGCAGCUGAUCUUGACAGAAUUGCCAUAGAUCAGCUUAUCUUGCAUUUAAUAUCCUGAGUGGCAGUGGAAAGCGCUGUGGAAGUCGAGUUUUAGAUGGCUGGCCUGCUGAAACUACCCAUGUUUAAAAUAAGCAAGUCAGGAUUGAUUAAAAUACACCACUUUUGCUUGCAAAUGUGUGAGAUGUGUGCACCUAGGUAAACAUAUCUCAAGUAUUCAAUGCUCUACAUUCAGCUAUUUGUGCUUUCUACAUGUAUUGAAGUAGUUUAGAUGGCUCUAAAUGGAAAAGUAAUUGCAUAAGUGUGCGACCAAAUUAGCUGAAUCCAAACAGCAAUUCACAGGAAAAUUGAAACUCGGACUCAUGAACAGCGGUCAAACAAAAUAUGUCUCCAAAGCCAACAUUUUCGAGGUUACUUGUCUUAUUCAGGGUCACAACAAGCAGAUUGUUGCCCUCGUCGAAACGUUGACUCUAGGGACAUCUGUCAUAUGACCACUGCAGAUUGAAUCAACUAGAUGUUUUGCACGAACAAGAUGGCCUUGGUUAUAAAACAGUUGCUGUGAAAUAAUGGAAAUGUUUAACCAAGUUAUGUAAAUAUUAGCAACUAGACGUAGCCUAUGAAUUAAGUUAUUAAGAACUUGCACAUUUAGCAGCAGUAAAGAAGUAGGCUAUCAUGCUGUACACGACAUGUCUUGUAGUUUUCUUCUUGCAUUGUUAGGGGCAUCCUCCUUCCUUGUACAUUAGUAAGACACUUCAGUGCACACAACUAAGCAUAAGGUCAACAGCCGAAUGUCUACGUUGCCUAAUAAGUACACAGACGGGUUCAGCAUACGCUGUUCGCUCACGCAUUUAAGAAUGCAGUGCUUAGGCCAUAGAAUGCACGCAUAAUACUGCCAACCUAAAGCACGCGGUCAGCAUCUUUCAGUGAAGCGUUUGCUUUGUAGUCACGAGCCGAGCGUAAAUAUCUCGGAGAACUUACAGUUGACACUUGAGAAUGAGCGCGGAAACUAAUGUAUGCUGUCGCGUUCGCUGGCAACACGCGCAACGGUAGGCGGAAAACCCCAUCGCUCCCAGCAAUGCAUGACGCGCGACAAGCGAGCGACGUAGCCUAGGACAAAGGUAGCUGAACUCGGUCAUUGUAGCCGAGAGUGGCCAGAUUUGAGACACGCAUAUAUCGAGCUCGUUGAACAAACGAUGCCUCUUUUAACGGACCCGCGCACGUACUACAAUCGGACAUUGUCGACCGAAAAAAAAUGCGCGUGUCGCCCUGAAAC